AUGUUACUUCGCCCCAUCCAAUUCUUCGUUUUCUGGGUGAUGCUCAAGGGAGUUCUGGGGAGUCCGAGAAUCAACAGUCUCUUGGCUAACACCAUCGUCGCGCGAAACAACAUCUCUAUGGUCGAAUGCUGGGCGAUUGAGCCUGGAUUCCAGCUGUCCAACGUGUCUGGGACAGUUGGUGACCAAGUCCUCCAGCUAGGCAAUAUCGCGAACGCAGUGUAUAUCAUUAUUCCUGACGACAACGGGAAGCCAAACGACGGCGGUUUGCACAACGGCGCACAUUCGCAGUGGGUAUUUGCCCUCACGGGUGGGGUCAAUGUUAGUUUUCCCGAGGCGCCGGGCGGAUUUUCAGUCGCGGCAGGGGGCAUCUUCAUUUCCACGGACAUACGCGGUACAUCUACUUUGGGCCAUCGAAGUCUGUGGGCCGCUGGAUCGAUUUUCAUACAGGCCCCGUUCCCGGAUGGGAUUGCGGUUAACCACACUGUCGUUGCACAGAGCUCUUGUGAGGAAUACGAAUUAGCGAGAACGUUUUGA